ACGCCAAAAUCUCUCAGCCUCUCCCGGUUACAGAGAAUCACAGCCAAGCCGUUGCACAGUGUUGAGGUGCCCGGCAACGUUACUUGCCACGCCUGUGUCCACAGCAUGACAGCGCACAUUUGCCCCACGUAAUAUGGUACCGGACUUCCGCAUCAACUUUUUAAAACGACAACACGGACCGCAAUGAUGAGUCGGAUGUCUCGGUUAUGGCACCGCAUAUCUGCAUUUCGCGCCCAGCGUUAUGACAGACUGCCGUUAGAAGAGCAUGAGCUUAGAAGUCCUGGCAAUCCUGGAAGUCCUCUUAAAGAACGACCAUCUUCCAGCUCUGGCCUUUGGCCAUGGGCAAUAGUUCUCACCGGCAUUGCUUUCAUUAUCUGGGCCUUUUCAAGGGUAUACUCUAUCGAACAUGUACAGCCUUCGAAGUCAUGCGACUCGAUCGACGAAGGCUAUCGUUGUAGCCCCAACAUCUCGCACUUCUGGGGCCAAUACUCUCUGUACUUCAGCGUCCCCUCCGAAAUACCUCCCGAGCCGCCUAAAGGCUGUUCCAUCACCUUCGCCCAAGUACUCUCAAGACAUGGCGGCCGAGAUCCAACAUUCGGAAAGAGUAUCUGGUAUAAUUACACAAUAAACAAGAUACAUCAAAACACCAAGGAAUACAAUGAUGAGUUUGCAACUUUAGCAGAUUAUAAGUACACCCUCGGUGCAGAUCAGCUUACAGCGGCCGGGAGACGACAGAUGGUCAACUCCGGAAUACGCUUUUACCGAUUCUAUGAAGCAUUGGCGAGUAAGCAUGUGCCAUUUGUCCGAUCAUCAGGGCAACAGCGAGUCAUUGAGUCUGGAGAAAAAUGGCUCGAAGGGUUUGGCAAAGCCAAAAACGAUGGGAAGCCAACACCAGAAAUGGUCAUCAUCAGCGAAGAUGAGGGCUCGAACAAUACCUUGAGCCAUGGCCUAUGCACGGCUUUUGAAGACUCGCACACGGGCAGUGCUGCACAGGCUGCAUGGGCGGGGAUAUUCAUUCCACCGAUCCAGGAAAACGUCAACAGUCACCUUGUAGGCGCAGAUCUUACACAGUCGGAGGUGAUAUACCUCAUGGACCUUUGUCCUUUCGAAACGGUAGCACAUCCCACAGCCAAGGUGUCUGACAUAUGCGGCCUCUUCAGUGAGAAGGAGUGGCAACAAUACGACUACUAUCAGUCGCUAGGAAAGUACUACGGAUAUGCAGACGGAAACCCUCUUGGUGCCACGCAAGGCGCUGGCUUUGUGAACGAAUUGAUCGCUCGGAUGACGGGAAAGCCAGUCGAAGAUGAGACGUGCACAAACCAUACCUUGAACUCAAAUUCGAAGACAUUCCCAUUGGACAGGCCACUCUACGCGGAUUUUAGUCACGACAACGACAUGUCGAGUAUAUUUAGUGCUUUCGGGCUCUACAACAGCACAUUACCCCUCUCGAAUACAACACUAGAAACAAGCAAGGACACGAAAGGUUAUGCCGCCUCGUGGACUGUCCCGUUUGCAGCGCGGGCAUAUUUCGAGAAGAUGAUGUGCGAUGGGGAAGAGGAGGAGUUUGUCAGGAUCAUCGUCAACGAUCGCGUCAUGCCGUUGAGCUACUGCGAUGGAGAUGAGCAUGGUCGAUGCAAGCUGAGCAAGUUCGUUGAGAGCAUGGCAUUCUCACAAGCCGGUGGACACUGGGACCAGUGUUUUGUGAAGGAAUAGAAACUACAUAUGUGAUACCACACAAUUGAUACCCUUUCGCACCUGUUUUCUUUUUUCCACACUUCGAAUAUCAACGCAGCGAGAGAUAUCAUCAAGUUGAACAGGUCG